AUGGUCAAGGACUGCCCUAUAUACCCUGGUCAGACACUCAGUGCCUGUAGUGACAUGGUCAAGGACUGCCCUAUAAACUCUGGUCAGACACUCUGUGCCUGUAGUGACAUGGUCAAGGACUGCUGUAUAUACUCUGGUCAGACACUCAGUGCCUGUAGUGCCAUGGUCAAGGACUGCUGUGUAUACUCUGGUAAGACACUCAGUGCCUGUAGUGCCAUGGUCAAGGACUGCCCUAUAUACUCUGGUCAGACACUCAGUGCCUGUAGUGCCAUGGUCAAGGACUGCUGUAUAUACUCUGGUCAGACACUCAGUACCUGUAGUGCCAUGGUCAAGGACUGCUGUACAUACUCUGGUCAGACACUCAGUGCCUGUAGUGCCAUGGUCAAGGACUGCCCUAUAUACUCUGGUCAGACACUCAGUGCCUGUAGUGCCAUGGUCAAGGACUGCUGUAUAUACUCUGGUCAGACACUCAGUGCCUGUAGUGCCAUGGUCAAGGACUGCUGUGUAUACUCUGGUCAGACAUUCAGUGCCUGUAAUGCCAUGGUCAAGGGCUGCCCUAUAUACUCUGGUCAGACACUCAGUGCCUGUAGUGCCAUGGUCAAGGACUGCCAUAUAUACUCUGGUCAGACACUCAGUGCCUGUAGUGACAUGGUCAAAGACUGUUGUAUAUACUCUGGUCAGACACUCAGUGCCCGUAGUGUUAUGGUCAAGGACUGCUGUAUAUACUCUGGUCAGACACUCAGUGCCUGUUGUGACAUGGUCAAGGACUGCUGUAUAUACUCUGGUCAGACACUCAAUGCCUGUAGUGACAUGGUCAAAGACUGUUGUAUAUACUCUGGUCAGACACUCAGUGCCCGUAGUGUUAUGGUCAAGGACUGCUGUAUAUACUCUGGUCAGACACUCAGUGCCUGUAGUGCCAUGGUCAAGGACUGCUGUAUAUACUCUGGUCAGACACUCAGUGGCUGUAGUGACAUGGUCAAGGACUGCUUUAUAUACUCUGGUCAGACACUCAGUGCCUGUUGUGACAUGGUCAAGGACUGCUGUAUAUACUCUGAUCAGACACUCAGUGCCUGUAGUGCCAUGGUCAAGGACUGCCCUAUAUACUCUGGUCAGACACUCAGUGCCUGUAGUGCCAUGGUAAAAGACUGCUGUAUAUACUCUGGUCAGACACUCAGUGCCUGUAGUGUUAUGGUCAAGGACUGCUGUAUAUACUCUGGUCAGACACUCAGUGCCUGUAGUGCCAUGGUCAAGGACUGCUGUAUAUACUCUGGUCAGACACUCAAUGCCUGUAGUGACAUGGUCAAGGACUGCUUUAUAUACUCUGGUCAUACACUCAGUGCCUGUAGUGCCAUGGUAAAAGACUGCUGUAUAUACUCUGGUCAGACACUCAGUGCCUGUAGUGCCAUGGUCAAGGACUGCUGUAUAUACUCUGGUCAGACACUCAAUGCCUGUAGUGACAUGGUCAAGGACUGCUUUAUAUACUCUGGUCAUACACUCAGUGCCUUUAGUGCCAUGGUAAAAGACUGCUGUAUAUACUCUGGUCAGACACUCAGUGCCUGUAGUGCCAUGGUCAAGGACUGCUCUAGUUAUGGUAAGGCAAUUUGGAGCAGUAGUGACAUGGUCAAGUCUCUAUGA